AUGUUGUCGCGGCGUGGUUUUGACUUUAGCACAGAUAGCGACAGGGAGUUCGACGGCGAUAUAAUUCCCAUCAACACGGAGGCAACCGAUUCCAGAGGCAGUACAGUAGAAGGUAGAACUGCCUCAUCGAUGCAUACAUCUGGUAGUCGUAGCGGCGACAAAAGGAAAUGCAAAAAUAGGAAACAUAGAGGGAAGAAGAAAAUGUACAGUGCUCGAGAUGUUUCAGCGUCCCUUGAUCACAUGGUUACUAUUGGAGAGGAACUCGCCUCCAUUGCGAGAUCGUAUCAAAAGAGUGUAAUGCCAGUGGCCGAGUGCAUCGACUAA